GCUACUUUCGCCCUCUCCGCGAAGCCUCGCGCGAUCUCGUGCCCUUUCCUCCCGGGUUGGGUGCACAGUCUCGCGAGAGCGGGGCGUGCUGCGACUGCGGGGCGGGGGCGGGGCGCAGUCUCGCGAGAGCUGCGCGGGGGCGGGGCGCAGUCUCGCGAGAGCUGCCGGCCCGCCGGCGCCCCCCGGCCCGCUCCCUCACGCUGACAUGGUCGCCGGCGAUGGACCCUGCCAGGACAGGAAGCCCUUACCAGCCCGUCAUUGAAGCUUUGGAAAGCCACCCAGAGAAAAAGUUUUACAAUGUGUCGAAGCUCGGAGGCGCCAAGUACGAUACUCUGCCUUACUCCAUCCGAGUGUUGUUUGAGUCCAGUGUCCGUAACUGUGAUGGCUUCUUAGUGAAGGAGACGGAUGCUAUGAACAUCUUGGACUGGAAAACAAAACAGAACCAUGUUGAAGUGCCCUUCUGUCCUGCCAGAGUUGUUCUUCAAGACUUCACUGGAAUUCCAGCAAUGGUGGAUUUUGCUGCCAUGAGGGAAGCUGUGAGAAAUGCUGGAGGAGAUCCAGUGAAAGUCAAUCCUGCCUGCCCAACUGAUCUCACUGUUGACCAUUCUCUGCAGAUUGAUUUCAGCAAAUGUGCAAUCCAGAACGCUCCCAACCCCGGUGGGGGCGAGCAGAAGCCGCUGGCCAGGCUGUCCCCGCUGAAGCCGCCGCUGCGGAAGCCGCCCCCGUGCCGGGGCCACAGCGGCUGCCGGGGCUCGUGCGGCGCGGGCGAGGCCGGCCGCAGCCCGGGACUCUUCUCUGCGCAGAUCGAGAACACCCCGAUCCUCUGCCCCUUCCACCUGCAGCCUGUGCCUGAGCCUGAGACAGUAUUGAAAAAUCAAGAGAUGGAAUUUGGCAGAAAUAGAGAGAGGCUUCAAUUUUUUAAGUGGAGUUCAAAAGUUUUUGAGAAUAUUUCCAUAAUUCCACCCGAGACUGGAAUGGCGCAUCAAGUGAACUUGGAAUAUUUGUCUCGAGUGGUUUUUGACGUGAAAGAUUUCCUGCAUCCCGAUAGCGUGGUUGGCACAGACUCGCACACAACCAUGGUAAAUGGCUUGGGUAUCUUGGGCUGGGGCGUCGGGGGCAUCGAGACGGAAGCGGUCAUGCUGGGAAUGCCGCUCACCCUCACCCUGCCUGAGGUGGUGGGCUGUGAGCUGACAGGCACAGUCAGCCCCUUUGCCACAUCCAUAGAUAUCGUUCUCAGCAUUACAAAGCAUCUUAGACAAGCUGAUGUCGCUGGAAAAUUUGUUGAGUUUUUUGGGAGUGGUGUUUCCCAGCUGUCUGUAGCAGACCGAACCACGAUAGCAAAUAUGUGUCCUGAAUAUGGUGCUAUUCUGAGUUUUUUCCCUGUUGAUAAUGUGACAUUGAAGCACUUAAAGCAUGCAGGUUUUGAUAAGGCCAAGCUUGAAGUCACAGAAGCAUAUCUUAAAGCUGUGAAGUUAUUUCGAAAUGAUGAGAGUUCUUCCAGAGAACCUGAGUAUUCCCAGGUAGUGCAAGUUAGUCUAAGUUCUAUAAUUCCAUAUGUCAGUGGCCCCAAGAGAUCCCAGGAUAGAGUGGCUGUUAAUAACAUGAAAAGUGACUUCCAAGCCUGCUUAAAUGAAAAGUCUGGUGUUAAAGGGUUUCAGAUUGCAGCUGAGAAGCAAAAUGACAUUGUGCCUGUUCAGUAUGAAGGAAAUGAAUACAAGCUGUCCCACGGCUGUGUUGUCAUUGCUGCAGUCAUCAGCUGUACAAACAAUUGCAAUCCAUCUGUCAUGCUUGCUGCAGGACUGCUGGCCAAAAAAGCUGUUGAGGCUGGCCUCGUGGUGAAGCCCUACAUCAGAACAAGUUUAUCACCUGGCAGUGGCAUGGUUACACAUUACCUCAGUUCCAGUGGAGUAUUGCCAUACCUCAGCAAGCUUGGGUUUGAGGUUGUUGGUUAUGGGUGUUCCACCUGUGUUGGGAACACGGCCCCUUUGCCAGAAGCCAUCAGGAAUGCAAUAAAACAGGGAGAUAUCAUUGCCUGUGGGGUGUUGUCUGGCACAAAGAACUUCGAGGGCCGCCUGUGUGACUGUGUCCGUGCCAACUACCUGGCGUCCCCCCCGCUGGUCGUGGCCUACGCCAUCGCGGGCACGGUGCAGAUAGACUUCGACACAGAGCCCUUGGGCACUGGCUUUAAUGGCAAAAGUAUUUACUUACGAGAUAUUUGGCCCACCCGACAAGAACUUCACACAGUGGAGGAAGAGCGUGUGAUAUCAUCCAUGUUUAAGGAAUUGAAAGAAAAGAUGGAGAAAGGAAACAAACGAUGGAAUUUACUGGAAGCACCAGAGUCAAUUUUAUUUCCCUGGGAUUUAAAAUCUACUUAUAUUAGAUGUCCUUCCUUUUUUGAUAAACUUGCCAAAGAAGCAGUUCCAGCACAGGCGGUUGAGAACGCGCACGUGUUGCUGUUCCUGGGGGACUCUGUCACCACAGAUCACAUUUCCCCUGCUGGGAGCAUUGCGAGGAGCAGUGCUGCUGCCAAGUACCUGACCAGCAAAGGACUCACACCUCGUGAAUUCAACUCUUAUGGGGCUCGAAGAGGUAAUGAUGCUGUGAUGACAAGAGGUACCUUUGCAAAUAUCAAGCUUCUGAAUAAGUUCAUAGGAAAACCAGCUCCUAAAACAAUUCACUUCCCAUCAGGACAAACGCUAGAUGUGUUUGAAGCCGCAGAGCUGUACCAGAAGGAAGGCAUUCCUGUAAUUAUUCUAGCAGGAAAGAAGUAUGGACUGGGUAGCUCAAGAGACUGGGCUGCAAAAGGGCCUUUUCUACUGGUACUGCUGGGUGUUAAAGCUGUCCUAGCUGAGAGCUAUGAGAAGGUUCAUAGGAGUCAGCUGAUUGGAAUUGGCAUCGCUCCACUUCAGUUUCGUCCUGGGGAAAAUCCAAGUACUUUGGGACUCACUGGCAGAGAGCAAUUUUCUAUAUUGUUCCCUCCAGACCUGUCGCCCAGAAUGACCGUGGAUAUUAAGACAAGUACUGGAAAAGUAUUCAGCGUGAUUGCCUUGUUUGAAAACAAUAUGGAGAUAACUUUAUACAAGAAUGGUGGAAGUCUAAACUUUGUGGCUCGAAGAUUCUUAUAGUACCUACUGACUCUCUGGGUACCCUGCAUAACUGGUAAUGCAGCAAAUGCCUUGUGUGAACCCAGGAAUCUGUACUGUGGAACUGCAAACAGUCCUAGUGUGCUCAAAGUUACUUCGUCCAUGGAUGUAAAAGAUUGUGAAUCAUUGUAACUGCAACGAGAUCCUUUCUGAUUUUAAAUAAUAUUCUAAUGGUGCUAUUAAACAUUGCUAAAAUCAACAUGUGUAUUGUGACAAGAGAGCUGUAAGUAUGGAGGGGAUGUUUUAUCAGACCAUUUUGUAAAUAAACUAUGCGAAAU